GGGAACGUAAACACGGCAUUGAAAUUAGCAGAUAUACAAACGGUCAUAGCCCUUACGUCACAACGCUUCAAGCGUUAACAGUCGAAAUGCUUCAGAAUGUUUUGUUUCGCUGAGUGCCUCCACCGGGCGUUCAGGGACCAUAGCUUAUUACUUGCAGGUCUCAAGAAUGGCCGAGAGCCCGACGCCGAUCGGGCAAACUCCAGCUACUGGAACUUCGCCAGGCCUUUCCCCGGCGCGAACGCCACCGGCCCUCCUUAGCGUUGAAGAACUACUGCAGAACAUUGACUUGCGAAGCCCGAUGGCCUCGCAAACCCCUCCCUCGACAUCAGGGCGGAGUCAGGGCGGAGCAGGCGUUGCGCCGCGGGCGAGACCUCGCUACCCCCGGCUGGCAGCAGCUUCCGCGAGCCACCCCCUGCAGGGCAUCCAGAUGCCACCGGAGGGCGUGCUGCGUGCCGCGGCGCUAGAGGGCAGGCCAGACGUGGGGCCACCACCUCGGCUACCCCACCAGUUGAGCCCCGCCCUUCAGGCCGUCUUGCUCGGGUGGCGCAGCCUGUACGAGCAGUGUCGAAGCCCCAGCUCUUUGCAGGCGCUGGUGGGCGAGUGCUAUGCACCCGGGGCGGUGUUUGAGGAUGCGCUGGUGUCGGCGGCUGGGCAGGAGGCGCUUUACCGGCAAUUCGCACUGCUGGGGGCGGCGGUGCGGGCAGUGCAGGUGGGCGCCUACUCCCUGUCAGUGGCACCGCUGGCGCAGCCCGCCGUCGCCAUGCGCCCGCCGCCGCCGCCCUCACCCAGCCGCAGCGCCGUCAGUGACAGCGGGGCGAAGCCGUCGCCGCCGCGACCCGCGUAUAGUGCCGGCUCGCCCACAAUGACCAGCAGUGCGGCAGCGCGGCAGAGCGCGCAGGCGCAAUCAGCGGCAGGGGCAGCGGCAGGGGGAGUGGCAGGGGCAGCGGGAGUGGGAGCGGUGGCGGCGGAGGUGCCCCUGCACCUGACACGCGUGACGGUGGAGAACGUGCAGUGCUUUGUGGUGGCGCUGCCGCCGCUGGUGUCGUGGCUGCUGGGCGGCGGCGAGGAGGUCAGCGUGCAGAUUCCGCUGUACGUCACGAGUGUGCUGUUGGUCGCGUCGGACGCACCGCUGGCGCACGACGGUGCGGGCGGCGCUGACACCACAGCCAGCCGCCUGGCAAGCGCCGCUGCGGCCCUGGGUGAAUCCCUGUCACAGCCGUCCUCUGCCCUCUCCGCUUCCUCUGGUGGAGCCGGAGGCAGCGGCGUGGACCCGCUGGCGACGGCCUCGGGCAUGCCCCCCUAUGGCGGCGGCGUGACACACUGGCGCAUCCUGCACCAUCUGGAUCGCUGGCACAACGUGCCGCUGGUGUGGUGGGUGCUGCGUCGGGCAGCGGCGCGCGCGGUGGAUGCCGUGCUGGUGCCGCUGCUGCUGAGGAGGCAGGGCUAGGCUACACGGCAGGACCGGGGGGGGGCUUGGAGCAGCAUAGGUUGCGUCUGGAGGGCUGAUGCGACUCUGCCAGUAGCGCAGAUGUUGGGGUGUGCUGAUGCGUGCAGCAAGUGGAGCACGGUGAAAGGGUGUAGCGAGGCAAAUGGCAGAGCUGUGCAUGUACCAAUGUAUAGCUGAUUGGCAGUGCGCACGUGCAGUGAGCGGCUUGUGGGGACGUAGUGGCGGUUUACUUUUUGGCGGCGCGGCCGGUCCGUUCUCAUCCAUAGAGAACUCACAUGAAGAGUUUGAGAAGAAGUAAGUUAUGAGUGCGGGUGAAGGCCAAACCCAACAGGCGUUGGUCUCGGGGUGCUUUGAUUCAUUGCAUUGACCGGUGGUUUGCUUUGGGCGGUGUGUGCAGCAGGCUUGCAGGGAGGCAUGUGCGACCAUAUGCAUGUGCUGCCGGGAGCGACUUACGUGCCAAGUACUGUACUUGCACGUCAAGCAUGCAUUUGUUUUUGAUAACCCAGACGGGGACCUCAUGUCUUUCAGUAGUAUGCUUCGCAUCGUGACUUGAUUGCUGCGUCGGUUUGGCACUGUUGGCAGGUUCCAUCAGUGCACGUGCUGGCGGCGUAGUUCAAUACUGUAGUGGUAGAUGAACAAGCCAACGGGAGGAGCCAAUAAGGUGCUGGGCGGUGCCGGUCAAGGUCAAGCACUGCGCUGCUGGUGAGGAAUGCCUGUCUCUCGGGGUUGGUCGCACGCCUGGUGACGUAGAUUUUAUCUUCAGUGGUUUGACAAGGGGCGUAUAUUGUCGAUGCCAGUACUCGGUGGCUUUCGCCCACGCACUGGAUUGGAGCAUCGGGCCAUCAGGCCCUCGUCCGAGUCAAAGCGUCAUUGCCGUUUUAGGAUGUACAGGUGCACGACUGCUGUGGCCCGUGGGCACUGCUGUUACUCGGUUGCCUCCUUGCCGGUAGUGUAAACAGCGUUUUGG